AUGGAAGAUAUUGUUCUUUCGGAUGUUGAUGAAGAUCAGUGGAAAUCAGUUCCUGGCAAUGAAGAAAUGACAACAAUUGAUAAUGAACACAAAGAACAAGUUAUGCAACAUAACUUCGAUCAUACUGUUAAUUACAAUGAGAAGGAAGAAUUCAAGGAAACGAAUGAUAUUUCAGAUGCUUUUAGUAUUUCUGGACAAACUUCAGAAUUAGAAUCAUUUCAAAGAAAUUUCAACCAGAUUAAAGGAUCGAAUAUUAGGCUAAAUGAAAUCGGAUUUUUGAACAGUGUUGUUAAGGCAAAUGAUUCUGAAGAAAAUAUUGACAUUUUUAACAAAUCCAUAAAUAGUUCAACCAGAUUCACUAAUCGAAAACUAUCAACCGAUACUAAUGAAAGCGAUCGUCUUUCAAUGAUUUGCAUUCCGGAUGAUGAUCUUGUAAUGAAGAAAGAAAAUCCUCAAAAUAACAACAUUGCGAUGGAAAUUGGACGCAAAAAUAUAUCAGUAUUAGAACACGAUACUGAAGCAUUAUUCGUACGAUCGAAUAAAAUGUAUGCUAAAGAUGUGUCAAGUUCAUCAUCAAGUGAUAGCAAUGAUAUACCCGAAAUAAUCAUAUCAACCAAAAACCCUGAGAAAAUUCUCAAUAUCCUAGAGAAAUCUGAUAGAAUGGAUAUUCCGCCAAGGAAAUACACGAAGAAUACAAAAGAUGAAUCAGACGAUGAUGGAUUGAUAAUCAACUAUAAAAAUGUGCCAAAAAAUAAUGAUAAUCUUAAAAUGCUCACCGAUGACGAAUGA